AGUAGUAUUAUGUAGUUUUAUUUAGAUUUAUACUUACUUUUAUUUCUUUUUAUUUUAUUUUGUGUAAAUAGAGAUAGUAGACCAAAAAUUUUUUAUUCUCUUGUAAGUACUUGUCCUUCGGUAUAAAGCAAAGAAUAUGAAUAAUUCAACGGGAAGUAUACUCUCAAGAGUUGUUGAAACACGUCGAAAAGGUAAGAAAGUUCACCACACAGAAGAAAAUGGAACUGAUGAUGAACACAAAAAGAAAGAGACGAGAGAACUAAAUAAACGACAAAUAAGACAAAAGACAUUAGUCAAGCUAUAUUCGCAAUUUAGGAAAGCGAAAUCAAGGAGCUUAAGAAAGCUACAAAAAUUGGUACAACUGAAAGAAUGGGAAAGAUAUACUUCUUGCAGCAAACUGCCAAUUCCUGAACAGCCAAUGAACGUACGAAAACACUAUUUAUGUUGGUGUGACCAAUCAAAAUAUGCUAACAUCGAACAAGUGGAUAAGGAUCUCUCUCUGUAUCUACCCCUUUUUAAACUUGCAGAUGAUAUUUCGGAUAUACCUUUAAGACCGUACACAGGUAUUGUCACAAGUUUAAGAGAAAUAAUAGAAGAGUGGAAAUCUGAAUUUUGCAAAAAAAUUGAUUACGCGUGCUUUUUAUUAAUCAAAGAGAUUGCAAAACAUUUUGACCAUAUAAACUUUUAUACAAGAAAUUAUGUUAGAAAUUUUGAGAAUUUCAACAUUGGUAUGUGGUCUUUGCUUAACGUACCAAUGAAAUCAGACUGUCGCAGGCCGACUCCAGUAAUUCACUUUCCCAAUUUGAAAGUGACUGUGAGCCUCCCAGUACCUUAUAAUCUCAAACCAAUUGUUCUUAGAGUCAUUUAUAUUAAUUUUGAUUUUUUUAGUAAUUCAUCAAAAUCAAAAUAUAAGCCAGAACAUGUGAAACCACUCGAUCUUGCACAAGAGCUUCAGAGAAUCCAUCUAUUGCAAGAUGAGAUUUACAAAGAAAUUUCUGAAAUUGAGAAAGGAAAAAGUGAAUCAUUACCAUCUGAAAAAGUACUCUCACAUACCGAAUUUGAUAGUAGAGCCUCGGUAGUGUCAGAUGCAAAUACUUCAUUAUUUAAACAGAUAUUCCAAUCGAAAGAUAGUUUGUUUUCAAUGGAACAGUAUUCAUUAAGAUCAAAUUCUAUAAGACCUGGUCCACAUAAAAUGAGAUCGACUGUUAGUUAUGGUAAAUAUGAUAGCGAUUCAUUAUAUUCUGUAGAAACAAGCAAGAAGGGUGCUCUACCUUGGGAGAGCAAAAUAGAAGGCAAAACAGGGAGAAAAAUGUCAAAAAAUCCUAAUAGGUUCAGUAGUGACAAAACAUACAGUAUGAUAUUUGAAAAUUCUGAUUACAGUGUUGUACAUACUAAAGAAGAUAAAAGAUUUGAACGAUGGUCAUGCACAGAUCUAGAUCUUUUAGCUUGGCAAGACCCAGAGAUGGUGGUAACAAGAUCUUUGACUUUCAUGGACCUCUUAUUUAAUUCAGAAGAUAAACAAGAUGAAGCGAUCCUGAAAGACUUCAGAACCAUUCGAGAUCUUGUUAAAGAAAGUGACAAUGCUGUCACACUAACAGCUCAGGCCAAACAGGAAAUGUUUUCAGCUACUCAUAUUUUUGCUCAGCGUGAAGAGGAACGCUACCAACAAAUUGUUAAUUCACUCACAAUCAAAUUAGAACCAAAAGAGGUCAAUUUAAGAAAAUAUCACUCAUUCUGUGGUGUAUACUAUAUUGAAUUAUUUCAACAUGCAGAAGACAUCUGUAUGUUACAAGUAGGAAAUUUUGUUCAAAGUCAAGUUGGCCCGUAUACACUGAAAAGAGAAAAUUUCUUUUGUGCAGUCGAAAGUUCUAAUGAUGUCGGUUCUUAUUUUGAACAAAAAGAUAAUUAUUUUCAUCUAAGGGAUGUUAGAGAAUAUCAAAUAAGUGAUGUUGAAGUUAAAUAUGAAGAAGAGCAAGAAAAAGACUUUUACGAUGAUGAUGAGGAGUAUGAGAAUGAAAUAAAUAAAGAAAAAUGUGUCCUAGUUAAAAUUUCCCUUAGACAAGAUGUAUUUUGGUUUAUGAAGCCACAACCAGCAAUCUGGGACAGGGAGAAAAAUAUCUGGUCAACUGAACAUGUUCAUGAAGUAACACAUGAUAGACUGCGUUACAUAGUGGAGUUUAAAUUAGGAAAAUUGGGUCCUAUUACAAUGUUUACUUUACGUUUCCACGAACUUCCUUAUAAAAACUGGACACUCACGCCAUGUGAGGAAGAAGAAACAAAACUGAUUCUAGUAGGUCAACAUUUAAAAUAUGAAUUUAAAAUAUCCGAUGACAAAAUAUGUUUAAACAAUAUAGAGGGUUAUUCAACACACUUGUUAGAAGGGAUAGUAGGACAAAUGCUUAAUUUAAGUGAUCUUGUAGAAAAAAUGAGAAAGAUUGGUUUAGAUGUGUUCCCUGAAGAUGACACAUUUCUCUAUGUUAAACAAUGUGCUUUGAAACCGUUAGCCCUAGAAAGUCAUAUUUAUUUCACAAUGGCACUAUACUCAAAAAGCGUUGAGUUUACAGCUUCGAGUACAAAUCUGUCAAUUGGGCACAAUAGUAUCUCAUUACAAUGUCGUUUGUACGAACCUUCCAGUCCACAUCACUUAUAUACUCUCAAAGCGGACAUUUUACAGUGUGAUCUGAUAAUGAUGUCAGAUGAAAGAGGUUCAAUAUCGAGCAUGAGCACAAAUUUGGGUUUUCAACCCGAUGUCCAUUCAACGUUAAUGAUUCUUUAUGGUAAAAACACUCUGCAAGAGAUCAAUGAUUUAGCAAAACUCUAUGUUAUUUAUGAACUUCUCCAGAAGACAAAAAUCCUCACAUAUUCAGGCAACCAAUGAAAUUAUUUUUAUAGCAGUUAGUGAUAUUCUUGCAUCCCUGAGGAUCAUUUCACAUUCACAUGUUUCAUGGGGGUUCAUAUAUUUGAAGUAUUCUUCCAACUAGCAAAUGUCAUUAGAAGUUAACAACUUCUAAUAUGACAAAUUGAUGAAAGACCCAAGAAGAUGACAACAGAAAGAGAUAGUAUUAAAAUACAUUCUAUUUUUUAUUUUAUUUUCUAUAUUGAAAAAAAAUAUUUAAAAAAUUCGCUAUAA